GGGCCGAGCCGCCGGUGCAGCCAUGGCGGCGCCGCUGCGGGCGGGCGCUGCCCGGCGCCGUCGCGGGCCGAUGACGCGGGCGGUCGGUGCGGCGUUUCCCGGUGUCGCUGUUCCUGCUGCGGUGGGAUCGCGCGCCCCGCGCUGAUGGCGGCCCGCCGCACACCGCACGGCCCCGCGCCGGGGCCCGGGCUGGACGAGUUCACCGUCCCCGCCGAGAAGAGCAGCCUGCUGGAGCGCAGCCGGGGCCGCAUCGAGGGCUUGUUCGAGGUGCGGCUGGCCGUGCUGGGGGCGCAGGGGGACUGGCGGCCCGCGCUGCAGCCGCCCAACGCCCGUGCCAGGAUCUGGGUGCAGCUGGCGGGCCGCACGAAGGCCGUGAGCAGAGCCAAGGAGUACAUCAAGGGGCUAUGUGAACCUGAGCUAGAAGAAAAAGAAUACUACCCAAAGGACAUGCACUGCAUCUUCGUUGGUGCACAGAGCCUGUUUCUCAACAGUCUUAUUCAGGAUACCUGUGCUGAUGUAACAGUGCUGGAAAUGGGAUUUCUCAGUAUUAAGGGGGGUGCAGAAGCUGUUGUUAUGGCUCAAAGUCAUGUGCAGCAGUUUGUGAAGCUUUUUGAGAAUAAUGAAAGCUUAUUAAAUGACAAUGAAUCGGAGAUUAAAAAGCAGUUCAGACAAUUUGUGGAAGCACAUGCAGAUAAGUAUACAAUGGAUUUACUGAUUUUGCCUAGUGCACUAAAAAGGGAACUCCUAGCUCUCACCCAAACUGCUGUUUCUGAAGGGGAGCCUGGUAUCAUAGAUCUCACAGGUUCUGAAGGCCCACAGCAGCUUGGACAGAACAGCACCUCCAAAGUCAUUGCUGCAAAGAGAGAUGGAAGUGCAGGUGGGGAGGAAGCAAGAAGCAAUGCUGGCACACCUGUAACCGAGCUUACAAAGCAAAUGGACACUGUGUUUUCUGAUGAUUCUGAAACAGGAUUUGUUCCCAUAAAGGACCCUCUGUUAGAGGCAGUGGCCUUUAAAGAGAGGCAGUCAUGUAAAAGGAGGUCCUCUGAUGAGGAGGAAAGGCUUCCUAAAAAGCAUUUCUCUUUGGAAGAUGAUCCACAAGUGAAAUCUGCUUUACACAAGAAUUCUUCAGACCCUGAUGCAGUUAUUGAUCUGGUUUUGGAUAGCUGCACAGAAUCAGAUGGUCCUACUUACUGCCUUAAAGAAGGUGAUGCUCUCACUGAGGAAGUGGAAUACAAGAUUCUUGUGAACUUUUUCAGAACAAUGGGAUAUUCCAAAAAUAUUGUUGAAAAAGUUAUUGGUAUCCUAGGACAAUCUGUGGAACCAUUAAUAUUGCUAGAAGAAAUUGAAAAGGAAAGUUUGAAGUUUAAAAAAGAACAUGAGCAGUCAUCUCAAAAGCCUGGAACUGUCAAUCUCCCUUUAGGAAAUAAUGUAAAUAAUUCACAAAAGCUAGAAGACAAAAGCAUUUCUAGGAAUAAAAGUCCACUUAAAUCCAGUCAUACUUCAAAGGAGAUAAAAAAUGAAUAUCACCAUAUAAUUGGUGCUCCAGACACACAAGUUGGUGCAGAAGAUAAAAUGCAUAGAUUGGUAUGUGAAUCUUCUUCCCCUCCCAGCAAAAAUUCAGUUCUCUGCCAUAAACAGAGAGAUGUUUAUGGCCCUGGUAAGAAUCAUAACUCAAAGUCAAGCAAUAUAGAAACUGAUGGUGGGGUAACUUCCAGCACUGUGCAUGCUGGAACUCUAAAAGAUGUUGGCUUUGUAGCCAGAGGGAGCUCAGAUGUGCAGCAUAUCUCAAGUAAGAGUAAAACUACAUUUCAGCAAAAAUCUGCAGGGCCCUCAACUGUACAGAACAACCACCCUGGUUCUGAGGAGCAGCUGGGACACUGCAGCUCUUCUCAAGCAAGGCCUCUCCACCAGCGCCUUUCCCAAUCAUCACAUUGUGACAAUCCUGUCCCAGACCACUUACUGUCUUCACAAAAACACACUUCAAAGCCAGACAGAGACACACUGGGACCACAUCCAGAUCAUUCAGUUACUGGAGUUCAAAGAUUUUUGGACUCUCUGAAGGAGCCAUACAAAUUGGAGUUGAUAAAUGAACCUGGAAAACCAUAUUUAAAACAUAUAAUUAUUGAUGGAAGCAAUGUUGCAAUUUCUCAUGGUCUAAGGAAAUUCUUCUCCUGUCGAGGAAUUGCAAUAGCUGUUGACUACUUUUGGAAACGUGGCCACAGAAAUAUUACUGUGUUUGUUCCACAGUGGAGAACGAGACGUGACCCUUCCAUUACAGAGCAGAAUUUCUUAACGCAGCUGGAGGAUGUUGGAAUAUUGUCUUUAACCCCUGCAAGGAUGGUUUUAGGAGCAAGAAUUGCUGCUCAUGAUGACAGAUUUUUGUUACACCUUGCUGCUAGAACUGGAGGUGUUAUUGUGACUAAUGAUAACUUGAGAGAAUUUGUGACAGAAUCAUUUGCCUGGAGAGAAAUUAUUCAAAAAAGGUUGCUCCAGUACACUUUUGUUGGUGACAUAUUUAUGGUUCCUGAUGAUCCUCUGGGAAGAAAUGGACCCAGAUUAGAUGACUUCCUUCGAAGUGAAGGCUGUUCUAGUUGGUUCAGAAACUGCUGGUGACAUUUCCCUCUAACUGAGAGCUAUCUGCGAAUUGAGAGAUUCCUGGUCAACACACAAGGCUUUGCAGAGCAGUGGACAAUAUUCUUCCGAGACACCCUUUUUCCUCCCCGAAGUGAGCAGUGGCGGUCGACAGCCUGGAGGCAGAGUGCAGGAUGAUCGUUCAUCCCCGUGGCUUCCACGGGAAGAAGACACAGAGCCUUGUCCAGCAAUUCCAUCACAGAGAUCUCCCUCAGAAACAGCCCAGCUAAGAGAAGCCCUGAUCAAAAUUUUUCCUGACUAUGAUCAAAGGCAGAAGAUCGAUCAAAUACUAUCUAAUCAUCCAUUUAUGAGAGAUCUUAAUGCACUGUCUGCCAUGGUGCUUGACUGAAUGCUUACACAGCUUUUAUAUCACAACUGCUCUGACUAACAAUUAUCAAUGUGAAGAAAAAUGUCGCUCUUUUAUGUUACUUUGUGAAUAUUAAAAACAUAAUUUUAUUUGUAUAAACAAA